AUGGUACAAAGGUCUUAUCACAAUGUUACUCAAAAUUUCACUCACAGUAUAAAUGGUUUACUUGACUGUAGUCGUAGUCGUAGUCGUAGUCGUAGUAGUAGUAGUAGUAGUAGUAGUAGUAGUAGUAGUAGUAGUAGUAGUAGUAGUAGUAGUAGUAGUAGUAGUAGUAGUAGUAGUAGUAGUAGUAGUAGUAGUAGUAGUAGUAGUAGUAGUAGUAGUAGUAGUAGUAGUUAUUUAAAACGUGCAUACAAAAAACAUGUAACAUCUUUAAAGUUCAAAAUGCGGACAGACACAUAUUGCAUAUUUAUUCUUGUAUUCAUCUUCUUCACUUACAUUAAAGUUUUUGUAUUAACCGUAAGUUACUUAAUGUGGUAUGAAAAAAAUUAA